CAUGGAUGUCGAGUAGCUAUCUUCGUGUUAUCAUCCACAGAUUCCACAAAAGUGCUAAAGUUCAGAAAGCAAAGUAGGCUGAGACUAGCGACAGAGAUCUUUACUUUGCAGAUAUGAGAUGCUUCUACCGUGCUCGCUUCUACUGUGCUCGAUGUAAUUUUUGGCUGGUAGAAAUCUCGCUUCUUCUCCAUUUCUCAAGAGGAAUCUGGAUAAAGAGACAUUUAGGCAAAUUUACCAAGACAUUUACCAAAUCGGAAGGGUACUGAUUUAAAUCAUCAUGGCCAUGUCUAUCCUCACCCAUAUUUUGGCUGGCCUGUUUGGCAUGGGCUCCUGGGUCACCAUCUGUGGACUGUUUGUGGAACUUCCGCUAAUCGUCCCACAUGUUCCUGAGGGCUGGUAUCUUCCCUCCUACAUCUCUGUCAUCAUCCAAAUGGCCAACAUCGGACCUCUGUUUGUCACAUUAAUGCAUCGCUUCCGACCAGGAACGCUCAGCGAGACUGCGGUUAUCUAUUUUAUUAUUGCUUUCGGGAUAUUAGCCAGUCUCUUACUGGCGUUUUUCUGGAGUGAAAGAGUGGUGGUGCAAGGUGUGGAACGCAGUGUUCCUCUUCUCCUCCUAAUCUUCUUCAUCUCCAUAGUGGACUGCACUUCUUCAGUCACGUUCCUUCCCUUCAUGACACAGCUCAAGGCCGAGUAUCUCAUGACUUAUUAUAUCGGAGAAGGUUUAAGUGGUCUGGUCCCGGCUUUAAUGGCGAUGGUUCAAGGUGUUGGUGUGAUGGAAUGCGUCAAUGCAUCUCUAAUCCUUAGAUCCAACCAAUCGCAUUUUAACUCAUCUGAAGAAAAUGCUAACUAUCUAGUUCCUAGCUACCAACCUGCUAACUUCUCAGUUGAAGCUUAUUUUUUCUUCCUGACGGCUAUGAUGGUGGUUUGUCUGGUGGCGUUUUUACUUUUAAACUACCAUCCGGCUGUGGCUCGAGAACGGCCUAAUGGCAGUCCCGUAUCCCGCUGGAAAAACAAGAAAUCGGAGAAGAAACCGAUGAUGAAUUCUCAAAGGACUGUUCAGAAAGCCAGGAGCUCAUUUGGGACAGGGACGUACACAUGGGUGCAAGUUGUAUACAUCUAUAUUAUCAUAACAUGGGUGAAUGCAUUGACCAACACUGGUUUGCCAUCCGUGCAGUCAUAUUCAUGUUUGCCGUAUGGAGAUCAGGCCUAUCACUGGUCUGCCACUAUGGCCAAUGUUGCCAAUCCUAUAGCUUGCUUCAUCACCAUCUUUUACACUCAAAGGUCAUUAGUGCUGAUGGGAGUCCUCACAUCUCUUGGUUCUCUUAUUGGAGUUUACAUCAUGGCCAUGGCUGUGUUGAGUCCUUGUCCACUGCUAGUUCAUGACACCUCAGGAGCUGUCAUUAUUGUGUUGGCAUGGUUCUUAUUCAUCUUGGUCCUCUCCUAUGUGAAGGUAAUUGCUGCUGUCAUCCUGCGAGACGAAGGCCACAGUGCUCUCGUGUGGUGUGGAGCAGUAGUACAGCUGGGCUCAAUGCUGGGGGCAGUUACUAUGUUUCCUUUGGUCAACGUUUUUGACUUUUUCACUUCAGGCGACCCAUGUAGCACUAACUGCUUAUGAGAUAUGGCAACUGCAAAUCAUAUUAAUGUUAAUUCUACUGUUGUUAAUAUUAUUUUUAAUUGUGGAUUAUUUUAAAUAAUAUAAUUUUUCAAUUACGCCUUUGAUGAGAAAGGAAACACAUUUAAAACGUAUAGUCAAAAUUAUUCUAUAAUGUAAAAUAAGCUACAUUGUAAUGGAAUUUUGUUAUAUGCUGAUCCAUUUAACUGUAUAUAUUAUCUGUGUUUGUAAAACUAGAUUUAGGAUAGUAAAGUUAGUUGUUUUUCUUCA